GGUUGCUCGAGUGGGCGGGGCGGGAGCCGGGGCUCCCCUCACGGCGCAGCGGCGUUGGUGUCUCUUCUCGCGGCGGGGGAAGGAACCCUCGGAGACAGGGAUGGAGCCGGCCAGGCGGGUCGCGGCGCCGCCGCUGCUGCUGCUGUGGGCCACGGCGGCGUUAGCGUUGUUGUUGUUGUUAUCGGCUCCAGGCCUUGCCGCUGCUGAUGAAGAAGGAACUCAAGAGGAGCCCUUUGAAUCAAAGACAACCUUGCCUUCUGAGGAACAGGUGAAAGACCAUUCAGCUGGAACCCAUGUGGUAGCAGGUCAGAUCUUCAUUGACUCUGAUGAACCUGAGUCUCACAUUGAAGAUGGAGAGAGUUUCAGAAGCCAAGAGGAGGAAAAGGAAAGAACUUUGGAGGAGCUAAAUUCUCUAGAACUGUCAUCCCUAUUAAAUAAGGAUUUGGAAGAGGUAGAAGCACAAAAAGCAGUUUUGACAGCCAUUGGAGGAACUGCAGAUGGUGAGCCAUGCUACUUCCCCUUUCUUUUUCUGGAGAAGGAAUACUCAGAAUGUACUGCAGAUGGAAGGGAAGACGGUAGACUCUGGUGUGCAACAACCUACGACUACAAGGCUGAUCAAAAGUGGGGCUUCUGUGAAACUGAAGAAGAAUCUAAUAGGAGAAGACAAAUGCAAGAGGCAGAGGAUGUUUACCAGACUGGAAUGAAAAUCCUUAAUGAAAGCAGUAAAAAGGCCCAGAAGAAAGAAGCCUAUCAGUAUCUUAUGAGAGCAGCUGACAUGAAUCAUACGAAAGCAAUGGAAAAAGUGUCUUAUGCCAUGUUGUUUGGGGACUACUUGAAGCAAAACGUUCGGUCAGCUAAAGAACUCUUUGAGAAACUGACUGAAGAAGGAUCUCCUAAGGGGCAAACAGCUCUUGGAUUUCUCUAUGCCUCUGGCCUUGGUGUUGAUUCCAGCCAAGCAAAGGCACUAGUUUAUUACACUUUUGGUGCCCUUGGAGGAAAUUUGAUAGCGCAUAUGAUUCUGGGCUACCGGUACUGGGCUGGGAUAGGAGUCCUUCAAAGUUGUGAAUCUGCUCUCACACAUUACCGUCUAGUAGCCAAUCAUGAUUUAUUGCCUAUUUCUACAACACAAGUGGCUAGUGACAUCUCUCUAACAGGAGGCACAGUGGUGCAGAGAAUUCGUCUUCCAGAUGAAGUAGAAAAUCCAGGAAUGGCAAGUGGGAUGCUAGAGGAAGAUUUAAUACAAUAUUACCAAUUCCUAGCUGAAAAAGGAGAUGUUCAAGCACAGGUUGGACUUGGGCAGUUGCAUCUGCAUGGCGGAAGAGGCGUAGAACAAAAUCAUCAGCGAGCUUUUGAAUACUUCAAUCAAGCAGCUACUGCUGGUAACUCCCAUGCUAUGGCAUUUUUGGGAAAGAUGUAUUCAGAAGGAAGUGAUAUUGUACCUCAAAGCAAUGAGACAGCUCUUCAGUACUUCAAGAAAGCUGCUGAUAUGGGCAAUCCAGUAGGGCAGAGUGGCCUAGGGAUGGCUUAUCUGUAUGGAAGAGGUGUUCCAGUGAAUUAUGAGCUAGCCUUGAAGUAUUUCCAGAAGGCAGCAGAACAGGGAUGGGUUGAUGGGCAGCUUCAGCUGGGCUCCAUGUAUUACAAUGGAAUUGGAGUCCAAAGAGACUAUAAGCAAGCCUAUAAGUAUUUUAACUUGGCUUCUCAAGGAGGGCACAUUCUGGCCUUCUAUAACUUGGCACAAAUGCAUGCCACUGGCACUGGUGUCAUGCGCUCCUGUCAUACUGCUGUGGAGCUGUUUAAGAACGUGUGUGAGCGAGGCCGUUGGUCUGAGAAGCUUAUGACUGCCUACAACAGCUAUAAAGAUGGCGAUACGAAUUCUGCUGUUGUUCAAUAUCUGCUGUUGGCGGAACAAGGCUAUGAGGUUGCACAAAGCAAUGCUGCCUUCAUUCUUGAUCAAAAAGAGGCCAGCAUAAUAGAAGAGAAUGAGACUUAUCCCAGAGCCUUACUGCACUGGAAUAGAGCAGCCUCCCAAGGUUACACUGUUGCUCGACUGAAACUUGGCGAUUACCAUUUCUAUGGCUUUGGAACUGAAGUUGAUUAUGAAACAGCAUUUAUUCACUACCGCCUGGCAACGGAGCAGCAGCACAGUGCCCAAGCUAUGUUCAACCUGGGCUAUAUGCAUGAGAAAGGACUUGGUAUCAAGCAGGAUAUUCACCUUGCAAAACGCUUCUAUGACAUGGCAGCUGAUGCCAGUCCAGAUGCUCAAGUUCCAGUCUUCCUUGCACUCUGCAAACUAGGAAUCAUUUAUGCCUUCCAGUAUGUACAAGAAACCAAUAUCAAAGAAGUGUUCUCACACCUUGACAUGGACCAGCUCUUGGGACCUGAGUGGGACCUUUACCUCAUGACCAUCAUUGCUUUACUCUUGGGCACAGUCAUUGCUUACAGGCAGAGGCAGCACCAGGCAAUUCCCAGGCCGGCAGGGCCCCGGCCAGCUGUGCCUCUCCAGGAUCCUCCCCCAGAGCAUCAGCCACCGCAAUAGCAGGAGCCUCAGCGAAGUGAACUGGAUUUUCCAGCCGGGACUGUUUUGCGUGGUUUUAGGACACCCCAUGAAUGGGCCACAUCUGCAAGGGAGGUGCAAAAGAGUGUUGCGUUCUGAAAGUCGCUUAGGACUCUUACCUUUCUUUUUUCAGGGAUAUCUAUGUUUCCUCAAUGUGGAGUUGAAUGUUAUUUCAGUGCCAGUGGAAUAACGAAACAGCUUUUGUGAAACACAAGUGUGUUACUUCAGAAGUGAUGCCUGCUGUACCAGAUUGUUCAGUGCCCUUUUUCAGUUUUGUCUCAAUAGUUCAGGUGAUGGUUGUGGUGGAGAUUGGCCCACACAGAAAGGAAACUUAUAGUCGAGUCUUUGUUCCAGAAAGUCAAGCCUCUGCUUUUCUUCUAAGUAAAAAAGGCCAUGUGAGUAUGUUUGCAAUUGUGAUAAACUUGAUUUAUUUUUCUGGUUCUCUUCCCAAUUCUUUUGACACCAUCUUAAUCCCUUAAUAGUAUUUCCCACCCUUGAGUGUCUGUGGGUGCUUUCAUUUGAAUAUAUCAGUCCAUAAGAAGCAGAUAAAAAGACUAUCGGUAAAUAUGAAUAUACUUAUUUUCGGUGAUCUGUACUUACCCCUCCCCACUUAGGCAAAUUCUUCCUAACAGCAGUGGAUGAAGUAUGAUUGCACUUAUAAAAUGACAAAUAAUUUAACAAACAAGUCCUCUGCAGUGUGUGCAGAAUUCUGAUUUUUUUGAAUUAUGUACACUGCAAGAGCCUGUCUGAGACGUGUAAGGAUUCCACCCCACCCAAGCUCACUCAGCCUCUUUUCUUUUCUUUUCUUUUCUUUUCUUUUCUUUUCUUUUCUUUUCUUGUUCCACAAAUAUGCCAAGAUUAGCCGAACAGUGGGCUGGAGAAAAAGCCAGCGCUUUGUUAAGCUCGGAAGGCAUCUUUAUGGCAGUCUUUCUUUUCUGUUGCUUUUCCAGUCCAUCAUAAUUCAGGUCUAAUGAGCCGGGUUUGUCUUAACCUGAUAUUGCAAAUUCUAUUCAAGCAUUCAGUUCUAAAUGCAUGAAGGGGCCCUGCAGGAAUGUAUGGCGCUAGCCCUGGCCCCAUGGCAACACAGGCAUUUCCAGCAUUCCACAGCUCAUGUGUGAUCAUCUCUUGGAUGCACAUAGGAUUUCAUCCUCGGAGGCGGGAAUCCAAUCUUGUCCCUGUGUCGGAAAACCUGUGCGCAUAGAAAGCAGCCCCCUUCAGACUGAGCUGAAAAUGGCAAGACAAUGCUGGCAUGCAUUGUGUGAAGAGGGCAUUCCCACAGGUUUCAAAUGCCCAAACAGGAUGGUUGCAGUAGGUGUAGGAGACUGUGCAACUUUGGGUUAUUAAUGUAACCUCAAUCUACAUAUCUAAAAACUGGUUAACUACCAUUUCUGUUGCAUUAGCUAUCGUGAGAUGCAAAGCACUCAAUUAGCAUAUAGAAGUCGACUCUAAGUGUAUCAGUUAAUAACACCCACACCAUUUAUACCAGUUUGGCUCCAGCACACAUUAUUUUUAAGCUCCUUAGAGAGUAGGAAUAUGUUUCAGGGGUGAGAGGAUCCCCAGACUCUGAUGUCAUAUAAGAGCUGUUGUAGUAUGAAAACAAAUCUCAACAUGUUUUUCCUUUGGCCUCAAAUCAAACAACAUCUUCCAGGCUAUAAGACAACUAUGGACACUUGCUGUUUAACCCAUUGCUCUUUUAGUAAGUCACUACAUGAAGCAAAGAUGCAAGGAUAAUUUUCUGGCUCAAUGGAUGCACAGAAACGUGUUCCUUUUUUAACUACUACAGUAGCAUAUACAGGUGUCUGUUUCUAGAGCAUCAUUACGUAAGCCGUUGGUACCAUUGAAAGCAAUGUGGUAUUUAAAUGUUGUUUAGAGUCUGGACUGCGUACGUUGCAUGCUUCUCAAAAGCACCUUAUCUUGCCUUGUUCAAAUGCCAACAGUCUUUGUUAGUAAGCAAGUAGACAAGCAUAGUUGGAGUAGCAAGGGCUUCCAUUAAAAGAGAGACACCGUAUGGCUCUGAAAUCUUAGAAUAUUAUUGAGCAAGAUUUUCUUCCAUUAACAUGUCUUGGAAUCUGUGAGAGGAGCUUCUAGGAGCUGGGUGUUGUGCGGCUUAACAGUAUUAUGAGGUUGGACAACUUAGUAGGUGGUCCGAAAGCUUUCCCCCCCCAAAAAAAUAGACAAGGUGCAAACGAAAACGAAAACCUUAUCAUAAUUUGGGUCCUACAUACAGGCUACAGUUCAAAGGAACAACAGGGUUGUGGGGGGAUAUUCCUUUGGCGUUUCAGUAGCUUUCACAGCCCUGGAGGCAAGCCACAGCUUUAGCAAACUGCUUGCCUCUUCGGAAGUGGGAGCUGUAACUGAAAAUAUUCAGGGCUCCAGUUGCAAGUGAUGGUCUCUCUGUUCGUGCAUUUGUUAAUUACUACAGGGUAAAAUCCAGAAAAGUGUGCUUGAUUUCAAAUGAGACUAAAUUGUGAUACAGUUGUUUCCUACGUUAAAAUCAAUACUUUCUUUGGAAUGAACAGCUUAGUAACUGCAUAAUUCUUCAAAAUUUCCAAAAUAUUCCCCUCCGCUAUCUCAUUUUAUUGCUUCUGUGGAGCUUUUAAAAAAAUUGCUAAUUGUACCACUUUAAAUUUGUUUUGAUUCACUUGAAGAACAUAAUAGUUGACUCACUCUUUAAUUUCCACUUGAUGUAACAACUAUAGCCCCCAUAACCACAUCCAUACUAAAGCUAAACCUUGAGAUAAGCAAAACACAUGAUCUCCCCUUUUGAAUUAUUUUCCUCCUUCAAAAUGCAAGAUAAGUAAUAAGCGUGUUUCCCUUAUGGAUUUUGCCAUUGCUGAAGCUAUCUAAAUAGCAUCCAUUUAGAUUUGAGGUAGCUGGCAGCAGGUUACAUGGGGGAACCAUCAAGCAAACUCAGGGAUUUAAGAAAAGAUCAGUAGGUCUAGGUUAUCCACAUAUAGUAUCUUUGAACAUCCUCUUGUUUUGAACUAACCUUUUAAUUUUCCUUUUAAAUUAAGACUAGCAUCAAUCGAUAUAAAAUUGCUCGCAUUCAGUUGGUGCUAGUAAAGCAGGCUUUGCCUUUUAAACUUUUUGUCAUGGGGUGUGAUUUUAGAGAGCAUCCUCUUGCUAUUUAGAGGGGCAGGUGGAUUUAAAUAAUCUAAGCUAAAUGGAAUUGCUUGACAUGGAUCAAAUUGUUGAAUUCAAAUUGUGAUUCUUUUAUCCAAGAUAGAUCAGAACAUAAAUGGACUUGGCUAAGGAUCUGCUGACACUUAUGUCUUUCUAAUCCAUCUCUUUUCUGAAAAUUGUCACUGUACCAGAUGUUGUGAACGUGGACAGCAGCAUGUUUCAGAGACUAUAAUUAUAUAUUGUUUGAAUUUUGCUUCCCUGGAUGUAAUUAGUGCUAUCCAUAUGUAUGAGAAAUUUCUCCUUUCACACGUUAAGUGACAGUGUUUGAGUGAAGGGUUUACUCGAGUCUUAAAUCACUAAACCAGGAAUAAACAGCAUAUUUGAAGUAGCAAUGGAUGUCCCACCACAAAUCUGUGUUGGGUUAGCUCAGCUCUGCCUUUCUCUUCAUGGUAGCUGUCACAGAUGCUUCUUAAUCUGCUUUUCCAUAAUGUGGCUGUAUGUGUGAAAAUACUUCACUCUGUGAUUGACACCCUUGGGGAAAUAAAGUGGGGGAAGCUUGCCUUCUAAUAUUUUAACUACUUACUGGGGGAUGAGAAAAAUUGAAAGAGAGUUGCUUCCCCACUAUGUUUUAACAAACCAAACAACACAGAGCACCCAGUCCAUCAUCUCAAGGUAGCCAUCACUGUUGAGCCCAGUUCGGGUUUUCUUUGACACAAGGAAUUUUAAACAAGCCCUUGCUUAAACCAACAAAUAAGAAGUUAGUUGUGACUGAUCAUUACACGAGGCUGGGUGGUAUGUAUAAACCAAGGCAGUCGUGCUUGCACACAAAGCACCAGCACACCAGUGUCAUGUACCCCUAGGCCACACAUCCCUGGUGCAACUGACUGGUUCCACUGACUUAAGUGAAACUUAAGUUACAAUCCUAUGCACGCUUGCCUAAGAAUACACCCUGUUGAACCGAAUGAACUUAAUUCCAAGUAAAUAAGCAUAGGAUCAGGCUGAAAGUCCAAUGUAAGAUGGAUUGGGGCCAACAGCUUGCACUCUGUUAAUUUGCUGUUUCUAAAACCCACAUACCCAAGUUACAAGAACGGAAGCUUACUUUAGCAAUUCUUUAAUAUUUUAAACAGCACGACAAACAGGUUACUUUCCACUUUUUUUCCUUUUUCUUUUUUGAAGCGUUGACAUGAUUUGAGAGCUGCAACUGAAUGCAUACAGUUGGAGAAGGCUAGUGAGAAGAGUCCUUUUGUCUCACGCUGGCCUAAAUCACAAAGUGAAUAAAGGGUUUUGUAAAUUUUCUUUUGUAUUUAAGAUGAUGCAGUAUAAAGGCUGGAAAAGUGUAAUAUAACUGUAAACACAUCCUGUUAAUAGAAAGAUGUACAGAUUCAUUUUGUACUAUAUCUUGUUGAAUAAAGAUGCCACUUUUGUGAUUGGCCUGUAAUGAUGUAA